UCACCCGCAUUUUACCAUUUUUCAGGACAAAUUAAAAACAUAUUCAUAACUAUCGGCUCGUUUCACUGUGCAUUCUUUUGUGCAUCUUAUCCAUGAAGCACAAAAUGCGAUUUAUAAGAACAUGACGUAUUGAAAUAUGACUCAAAAUACUUAGAAGCUAGCUUUACCGCAGAAUUAUUUUUAAUCCAAGACCACACUAGCUGAGGCGAGGUUGAGAAUGAUGCUAUCACAGCUGCUUCUGCUCUACCAUUGAUACGAAUGCUAAGAAGCUCAAUAUUGGUUGGUGUCCUUCCUAAAUCUGAAAAAAUAUUGUAUCAAUAUGUAUAAAUAAGUAAUAAAAUGGAAAACAGUG